CCCCCCAGGUUUCUCCUUUCACGAAGAGGCCCAUCAGCUGUCUCUCGGUCACCGGUGUUUCAAUAUCCUCACAGUAAUCCACAACAGGAGGGUAUCGUAGCAUAUUAUGUCCUCCAACAAUAUGGCAGACCCGAGGAGACAGAAUAAGAUUUUACGGUACAAGCCCCCCAGCACAGAGAGCAACCCUACACUGGAAGACCCCACGCCUGACUACAUGAACCUGCUCGGCAUGAUCUUCAGCAUGUGUGGACUGAUGCUCAAGUUGAAGUGGUGUGCCUGGAUCGCAGUCUACUGCUCUUUCAUCAGCUUUGCAAACUCCAGAAGCUCAGAGGACACUAAACAGAUGAUGAGCAGCUUCAUGCUGUCCAUCUCAGCGGUUGUGAUGUCCUACCUCCAAAACCCACAGCCGAUGUCGCCGCCAUGGUAACCAAGAGCCAACCACAGCAGAGCAAGUGAACUGCGGAUGCCGGAGUGGGUGACAAGACAGCUGAUUGGCGCCUCGGGCCAUUGGUGAAGAAAAACAGAGACUGAAAGGAAGAUGAUUUGAUAGAAAGAGAAAACAGAUGGCCAGGAGAGGUGGACAGUAGGGAGGACACUACGUCAGUAUGGAGAGAUCAGAUGGUUUUUGACUGUUCUCAUGUUUUUCUCUUUUUAAUCUUUUCUAAGUCUUUUGUUUGUUGAUGAAAACUUCUGAAUUUUACAGUUUGGCGGAUCUGUUGCAGGAUAUCAUAAAUAAAGUUGUACAGUUUUAAAAGUAA